CCGGCAUGAGCGUGGUGGAGCACGUACGGGAGAUGGCCUCCGCCGGGCUCCACUCGAACGUGCGGCUCCUCAGCGGGCUUCUCCUAACGAUGAGCGGCAACAACCCGGAGCUGUUUUCACCAUCUCAGAAGUACCAACUCCUUGUAUACCACGCAGAUUCUCUUUUCCACGAUAAAGAAUAUAGAAAUGCUGUCAGCAAGUAUACGAUGGCUUUGCAGCAGAAGAAAGCAUUGAGUAAAACCUCAAAAGUAAGGCCUUCUACUGGGAACGCUGCAUCAGCUCCCCAGAGCCAGUGUUUACCAUCUGAAAUUGAAGUAAAAUAUAAAAUGGCUGAAUGUUACACGAUGCUGAAGCAAGAUAAAGAUGCCAUUGCCAUUCUGGAUGGGAUUCCUUCCAGACAGAGGACCCCAAAGAUCAAUAUGAUGCUGGCAAAUCUGUACAAGAAAGCAGGUCAGGAACGCUCAUCUGUUACGAGCUACAAGGAAGUACUGAGGCAGUGCCCAUUAGCACUUGAUGCCAUACUAGGUUUGCUCUCGCUGUCGGUGAAAGGUGCAGAAGUGGCCUCCAUGACAAUAAAUAUCAUUCAGAGCAUUCCAAACUUGGACUGGCUUUCAGUGUGGAUCAAGGCAUAUGCUUUUGUGCACACUGGAGAUAACACUAGAGCAAUCAAUACAAUUUGCUCUUUAGAGAAAAAGUCAUUGCUGAGGGAUAAUGUAGACCUACUGGGGAGCUUAGCAGACCUGUAUUUCAGAGCUGGAGAUAAUAAAAACUCUAUUCUAAAAUUUGAACAAGCUCAAAUGCUGGAUCCUUACCUAAUAAAAGGAAUGGAUGUGUACGGCUAUUUGUUGGCACGGGAAGGUCGACUGGAGGAUGUAGAAAACUUAGGCUGCCGUCUCUUCAAUAUUUCAGAUCAACAUGCAGAACCCUGGGUGGUGUCAGGGUGUCAUAGUUUUUAUAGUAAACGAUACUCCCGUGCCUUAUAUUUAGGAGCCAAAGCUAUCCAGCUUAAUAGCAACAGCGUUCAGGCUCUGUUGCUGAAGGGAGCUGCCCUCAGGAACAUGGGCCGAGUGCAGGAAGCAAUCAUACACUUCCGUGAAGCGAUACGGCUUGCGCCUUGCAGGUUGGAUUGCUAUGAGGGUCUCAUCGAAUGUUACCUAGCAUCCAACAGCAUCCGAGAAGCUAUGGUUAUGGCAAAUAACGUGUAUAAAACUCUGGGAGCAAAUGCACAGACACUCACUCUGUUAGCAACAGUCUGCCUUGAAGACCCAGUCACACAGGAGAAAGCAAAAACAUUACUGGACAAAGCACUGACACAAAGACCUGAUUACAUCAAAGCUGUGGUAAAGAAAGCAGAACUUCUAAGUAGAGAGCAAAAGUAUGAAGAUGGAAUUGCUUUGCUGAGGAAUGCGUUGGCUAAUCAGAGUGACUGCGUUCUGCAUCGAAUACUGGGGGACUUCCUUGUAGCUGUCAACGAGUACCAGGAAGCAAUGGACCAGUACAGCAUCGCCCUAAGCUUGGAUCCAAAUGAUCAGAAGUCACUAGAAGGAAUGCAGAAAAUGGAAAAAGAGGAAAGUCCAACAGAUGCAACCCAGGAAGAAGACGUGGAUGACAUGGAGGGAAGUGGAGAAGAGGGGGACUUGGAAGGCAGUGACAGCGAGGCAGCCCAGUGGGCAGAUCAGGAGCAGUGGUUUGGUAUGCAGUGAUGGCUGCUCUUCCCAGUGGCCAGUUUGGCACAUGAACACACCACUAGGGCCGUUCCUUUCUGAACUCUGAUAUUUGCAGGAGCAGAAGACUUUUCCUUUUUUACCUUUUUUUUUUUUUUAAUUUAAUAGAACUAUUAAAUGGUUUCAGUCUACGCAUCUCAAUGCCGUGAAGAUUCUUGAUGCUUCUUAUUUAUUAGGCGUAAGGAAUUAACUGCAAUGGAAGUCAUUUGCAUCUUUCAUUUGCAAAAGCCUCAAUCUGCUAAAUCCAGAAGCAUUAGAAUCUGAAGUUCCUAGAAGCCUGUUGUUUUUGAUAAAGCUGUCUAAGCUGCCUUUAGGGCUAAGUGUGCUUUAUCAGUCUGUAAAUGGUAUUUCAGCAUGCCCUUGUGAAAAAGGCCUGCUUCCCUUGUUCGUACGCUGCGAUUUGGGCUCACACUCCUGCUGAAGUUCUGAGGAGUCACUCGGCUGUGGCUGAAGGCAACACUUUUCUCUUGCUGUGUUGGUUUAAUUACUGUCCUUUUGCAAGGCAUUGCAUGUGGUAUAAAGAAGUUUGGUACCCCAGGCAGCUUUGAGCUAGAGGACACUCUUGUAGCUGAUUGAUUUCUGUAUGUACAGAAUCAAACCAGUCCUUACUAAACCUUGUAAUCUGCCUGUACAUAAACAUUUCUUUUAAAUGCAGUUUACUUUUACUUUGCUGUGUUAUGUAAGGGUUUUACAGCAGUGACUCAAAGCACUUCACGUUCUAGCAUACAGGAUGUGUAAGAAUUCAUCCUGUUCCACUUUGCUGUAGAAAUGUUAAAUCGUACAAAUAUGUACCAUCUUGUUUUUGUCAUGUUUAUAUACUUUUUUGUCAGACAAUAUUUGAAUUCAUGUUAUCACUUCAGCAUCAUCUCUUUGAGGGUGAUCUUUGUGUAAUCUAGAAAUUGUUUCAGUUCUGUGGGCUUGAUGCGUAGGAGGAGGAAUUACCUCGUGCUGUUACGUUUCUUACCAUUCUAUUUCCUGAAUUAUCUUUCUAUAUUGCCAAUUCAAUUUCUUUUGUAUUUAUUCUGUUCCCACAGUUAUGCUGGAGCAGACAGACCUUAACACAGGCCUAAAAAGCAGUUCAGAGUAGCAGCUAACAGAGGAAUACCUAUUUUGCACAAAUACCUGACACAGAACAAGCAUCCCCUAACUGUAGGAGUACAAUGCCAAUAAGGGUAACAGCUCUUCUGUCGUGUUCUAUAGAUUACUUCUCUUACAGACUAUUUUUGAAGUAUUUUGCUAUGUCACAUCCUUACAAAUGAAUCUUAAUAUUUUAUCCAUUUAAAAACAAGCAGAAGAGCUGAGUAUCUGUUCUCUCUAGAAUCCUGGGGGCUUUGGACUUUCUAAAGUAUUACAUGGAGUUAUGCUUAAUUGAAGAUUCUGUGGGAGGAACAGAAAAGCAUGUGCUGCUAUCUUGGUGGUUGAAUUGGCAUGAGCUAUGACUGCUCUGUAAUUAAAUAAAUACACUGAACAGCUUCAUUUCAGUUACAGUGAACAUUCUGCUAAUUGCAUUCUGGUGUAUGAUGGAGCAGAACCUUUUUUUAACAUGAGGAAUUUAACUGUUAGAGGCCUUGCUGUGUGAUGCAGUGAACAGCUUUCAGCUCAUUAUUUUUUUUUUUUUUUUGUAACAGAAAAAAAGUACAGAUUUGCAAGCAAAUUGAAACCCUUUUUUCCCCUCAGGCUCAAGCUUUCAUCAGAUCGUAUUCUAUGUCUGAAAGGUAGAUAGGGUCAGCAGCUUUCUAGGUGUUACUCCAACCGUCCUACUCAAGGGAAGAAUGGGCUUCUUAAUGUUGUUAAAGCAACUAAUAUUUGACAAGAGAAGCAAAUGAGGUACAUGGUGCACAGUUUGAGCUGCUCAGCCUUUUCAUUCUGAUAUUCCUUUAAAUUCACCACAAGCUACAGGUAAGAACCACCGGUCUUAAGCAUUUCUCUGAAAUGAUGUUUGCAUAGAACAGGAAAUCUGAGAACCACAGUUCUACUGAAUCAUCCUGUAGUGUCUCUGUUGAUUAUCUGAUGAAGUGAAGCUGAGUGUGCUACUAAACAAAACCACAGAAUAUCAGUGUGCUUAUGUGUAACUUCAGGUACACCUAAGAACACCUUAAGAGAGCUGUAAAAAUAGAGUUAUAUCCUUGCUGCUUUGUGUUUCUCAGAACUUUGCUUCUUACUGAAAGUUUCAGUCAAAUAACACAUAGAUCAGUAUUGUAAUGUAAUGGAAAGUACAGCAAUCAUAGGUAGGUAGCACAACCCUACGCUGCAGCAAAGGAAAACAAGCCCAAAUGCAGCAGCCAUGGACACAGAAACAAAACAAAACUGCUUACCUUUAGAGGGCCUCCAGUAGGCAGAUCUCCAGAGAGAUCCCCUCACGUCCCCUGCCUUAAAUGAGGGCUGGGAAGGGCUGAUCCUGGCUCCACCUCUUCCAAUCACAUCCAUUGCCUGCACCUGAGCUCCCCUGGGUUGGCCCUGCCUUCCCACCAGGUGCUCCAUCCCUGCUUCAGGCUGUGAGUCAGCAUUUCUGCUACAAGUACUUAAGAAAUGUUUGCAUUAUGGUUACAUGGCUUGUUAUGAUAUUUGCUGUUAAUGGUACUGCAUGGGACUGAGGAACUUCAACGUUACAUGUGCUGAAUGCAUUUGAUAUUGUAUAGAUAAACAUACUUUGCACCAGCUUCAGUA